CUUCAAACGAGAAGCUUCUCUCGCUGGUUCUCUUUUUCUUGAGUGUUCCAAGACGCCAAGACCUUCACCCACAAACCCAAAAGCAAUCACCACUGGGCUUGGGAUCACCAUCACAUUCCCAGCAAGCAAGUCUUUGACACUGCCAAGAAGCAAGUAAUCUCUGACGAGUUAGUCUGCCCUUAGCUUCAACAGCAAGUGUCAUGGCAUCAUCAGGCCAUCAAUCGUCUCACAAAACACAGACAAAAACAGCAGACAAAAAUCACUGCAAAACCCAAGCAAACAGCGAACAAAAACAACAUGACAGCAACUUCCGGAACACUGGCUUCCAUACCGGUACCCCUUCGAAGUCAACGGAGCGCCAGAUUACCACGGCGUGGAUCCUUUACAGAAGCAGAAGAGUUCUGCCUCCGCGCUCUACUGCUCGACAGAGCACCCGGUGAACCACCCAUGGAUGCCAAGCUGGGGUGCCUCGACAACAACGGAUAUGUGUACGAAAAGUAUCGCCACUCUCCCGAGCCACGAAAGAAAGAGUUUGACGACAAUGUACUCUUCCAGCUGCCGUUUGGCGGCGACAACAACAAGGUGCGAGCAAGCAACAAGUUUGGUCGCAAUGAAAAGAAGCUUCUUGGUCUCUGGCAAGCCCACGAAGAAGGAGUCCAUCAUCUGGUCAUGAACAACAGAAAAUCCUCCAGCAAUCGUCUUCCUACAAGACAGUGUAGUAGUGGGUUUUUGGCGGAACCUUCCAGUACACCAAACCAUAGACGAAUAGCCAGCGAGGGAAGCAAGGCUUCACAGGCUUCGUGGGCUGGAGCACUGAGUGUCAAGACGGAUAUCGAAGUCCGACCGGGACUGGAGCAUGAUGACAAUUCAUCUUGGGAUGAAGAAGCACCAACCCACUAUGAUGCUUGGGAGGUGCUCAAGGAUGAGUAUGCCGAAGAUUUUGGAUUUGAUUACAAGGAAAACCUUCAUUCCAUCAAGGCCACACUGGAAGAAGACGAUGAUACCUUGCAACACGUAUUCAAGAUUCUUGGAACCUCUGCAGACGACAAUUCAGCCCAACCUCAUGUACUGAGCCCACCACUCAUGGACUCUUUGCUCAAUUUCGCACCAACUUCAGUCUCGAUGGAAAACUACUGGAUGAAAUUCAGCUUGAUACGCGACGGGGCCUCGCUUUACACACUCAAACAGUAUGUCAAGGCAGCACCGUGCACACUCCUUGCCAUUGAGACGACAAAAGGACAUGUCUUUGGAUCAUUCACCUCCAACAUCUGGAAGAAUCAUCCUACUUUUUUUGGUGGUGCCCCGUCGUUUCUUUGGCGAAUGCGACACAAUCGACGAACAGUCUGCCAUUCCUUGUUUGAGCAAGCUCAGUUAGAAUCGGAGAUUGAUGUGUACGCGUCCAGCGGUCUCAAUGAUCUUUUCCAGGUGUGCGACGAGCAUCGAUUGGCAAUUGGAGGAGGAAAACUCACUCCGGAUGGUGAAGAACCUAGCGGCGAUAACGGACAUGGGAUCAAACUGGACGACCUGAAAGCAGGCGAGAGCUACGGCUUUGGAAUUGCUCUUGAUGAUGACUUGCUCAGCGGGACCACAAGCCCGUGCGGCACAUUCAGAAACCCUUGUUUGAUCGAUCCAAUGUCUAAGGGAGAAGUGUUCGACGUGGCCAACAUUGAGGUGUGGACGUACACCCCCUGUGCGGAUGUACAGGCUGCGGAACGAAUGGAAAUGACGCGAUACUUUUUGGAAGAGUCAAUACGCUCCGUGACCAGCAGCACUGCCAGCUCGGCCAAGGGAGUCGACCUAUACUCCAAUCCAUUCAAUUCACAAGACGAGUUCCAGAGAGACUUUUAUCGCCGUGUUGGACAGCACGAGCGUACGGGCCCCAACCACAAAUACGGCACGUUGAUUGCUGCAAGUGGUGUGCGUCGAUAGACUGCGCGAAAAGUAGCAACCAACCAUCCGCUGCAGGCUAGAAGCUGAGGUGCCCCCUGUUCUAAAGCCGAUGAGCGUCAUACCCUUGUUUCAUUUCAUCAUUUCAUGUACGACGUACUACUGUAUAUUUGUCCAUGUUUAGUUUGUAAUAAUUCCAACUAUAGAGAUCGUUGCAUAUCUUUGAGU